AGCUUCUUGAGUACCCCGUGUUGGAGGUGCGAUCAUGACACGUGCAUUGUAGUUCAACCGCCCUCGAUUUCUCUUCCGAGAGCUUCUUUUUACUUCGAUAUUCAACGGUAAAGAAUAGCAGUUGUUUUGUAAAAGCGAACAAUGCGGAAGACCGUCGUGUUAGCUGAGCGCGAGUCUUCUUUCGUUGCCACCGUCCGCGAAGACAUGCCUUACCGCUGGUCCGCGCUAGACUUCUCCGUCCACCUCAUCGGAUCUCUCCGCCUCAAUCAGAUCACCUACCUCCCGCCCACCUCCCUGGAGGAGCUGAGGAACUACGAUGCAUCCGCCGGCGCGUCACCAGCCCUCGUGCACUCUGUUCGAGCGAUAGUCCGCACCGUCACGGCGAACAACAAAGUGGAGGACUUCGUCCUUGCGUGCUUCCCAUUGGAAGUGAGCCGUUUAACGAAGGCCGAGCUCUUCACGGUACCGCCGACGGCGAAAAGCGCGGAAGCAGCCGCAGCGGAUGAUUUACCCCACACCGGCUCCGUCACCGCCGCCGUGCACCCUGCUUCGUCCAACGCGGAGUCGGGGCCCUCACCGCGUCUGCCGUCCAUCUCCUCACUUCUGCCGCGGCGACGCGAUGCUUUUGAGCACUUGACGAACACGUUUGUGCUGCCCUGUGCCACGGAUGUGGCUUCAGGGUUGGAUGUACAUGUGGGGCUGGACGGGUUUACCGAGCUGCGGGUGGAGGGCCCGGGGACGGUGGUGUUUAGCGGCGAGGAGAAGCUUGGUGUGCUCAACCCCAGCAGAGGUGAGUACAGCUUUCAGUGA